UCCUUUGUUUUCAGCAGUGCCUUCUAUUCUUCUCAGGAUAUGUAAUGCAAACCUCCCAAUACAUGAUUGAUUAUUUGGAGAAGAACACAGAUCCUACUCCUGAAAAGUGUCCUGAACAGAUCUUUACCUAUGGUGCUAAAUGUGUCCAGCUCCUUAACAAGACUAUCUUCCAGUGUCCUUAUGGGUUCUACUAUGAAUCAGCUUGCCAGCUAGGAAAAGUAUUCCCAGGACAAGCGAUUCUGGAUGACCCAUUUGACGUCUCUAUGGAAGACACAGUGAAUUAUACAGAAUUAUAUGAAAAUCUCACUAAUUUUGUAAGUUUACUUUUUCUGACAUCUUUUCUAUUUUCUCAAAAUAGAUGCAGCUAGGUAUUUCUUGCACCC